AUGAGACUGCUCGCGACAUUGCUCGUUACGGGGGUCUUAGGACUAGUAUGCGGCUCAAGAAUCAAGUCGACGAGACUUAGCAGAGAGUCAAAAUGGGACAUAAUUCACCAUGAGUAUCACGGACCUCCGGCACCUCUUGCGGAGGAUGGCCGUGUCAUCGAUACUCCCGAGGUCGCGAAGGCGCGAUCGAAUCAUUUAGCUAUCUACGCGGAAACGGUAGCCGAGCACGUAAAAAAAAUGUCCGAGUGGGCAAAGAAGGAAGUUUCUAAGGCGAGCGAUGAUACGGGAGAGUCAGACAAAUCAAAGGUUGAGGCUGCGGAAGUGGUUGAGCAACGACCGCAAGAGACUCCGGUAGAGUCGGCGCCAGUUCAGGAAGUUGAGUCGGAAGGUUCGGCUGAUGCAGCACCGGAGGUCGAAGAAACGAAGCCCGUAGUAGAAGCUGAAGGUACGAACGAAGUCAGCUCUCGGAAGGCUCCGAAUUUCCAGUAUCUGGUGUACGAGGGUCCGCCUGCAACAAUUGGUGAAAACGGUCUUGUACAAGAUACUCCAGAGGUACAGAAAGCAAAAGAAGCUCAUUUAUUGGCAUACCAACAAGCCAGAGAGCUCACUGAACUCAACGAUGAACCAAAGACGGAGGGAGCUACGGAGGAUUUAGAGUUAUACGAGAUGCGAAAUAGAGAUUUUUAUCCUUCCGCACCGGUGCAAUUGUUCUAUUCCACAAAUAGACCCGUUGGAUCCAUAGCACAAGGUGCUCCAAUUAGUGAAUACGGACACGUCAUCGACACACUGGAAGUACAACGGGCUAAAGCCAAGCAUAGAAGAGCUCACGAGUAUGCUCAAUACAUAGGCAAGCAAUGUCCUGCUGAGGAGAAUACCAUUUGA